AUGAUUAUGGAACCUAGAAAUAAUCUCCAUCAUCUUCAAGACCAACAACUAUCUCCACCUGUUUCUUCUUUUUCUUCUUCUAUCCCAUCAUCUUAUGCAGAUGGAGGAACCACCACCAUCCACUCUUGGACCCCAACAAACAUCACUUUGAAUAAUGCUGCUGGUAACUUCAACUCGAAUCUCCAAGAAGCUAAUCCGAGAUAUUCGAGAUCAAGCGCGAUGAUUCAAGAUUUACGUUAUCAUCAUCAAUGGACUAGUGAUGAUGUUAACAGAAACCAUGAAUCAGAUUCUAUUAAGGAAGAGAUUUCAUUUCCUAAUUUUCCUAAAUUUACUGAAAUGCUUAAUUACACUCCUCCUAAUUCAAGCAUGGAAAACUAUGGAGUACUCGAUGAUUCUUCUGCUAUAAUACAGAUGAAGAAUGGUACUAAUGAUGAACACAAGGAUAUGAAUGUUCUCAUGCUCAAGAAUCUUUACACUGGUGGAGACUUUUAUAAUACUUCAAACUAUCCUAACAUUAAUGGUAGCCAGAUUCACCCUAGUAUAAAUAUCUCGAACUUGAAUCAGUACUCGUCUUCGUCUUCUACCACGACUCUGGAUAUGAACAUGCAGUCAUUAGAUCUAUUAACUAGUUCACAAGAUCAUCAUCUUGGUAGAUUUACUACUCAUGAUCAUGAAAAUCUUUCUUUUCAUCUUCAUCCUUUGCCGAACCAACUCGCAAACAGAUCCUCGAAUAGUAACUCAAUUAAUAAGCCGUCACUACUCAGCAAUGGUGGUGGAGAAACAAAGAGAGUGAUGCAAUCGAAGGCUUCUCAAUCUGAAACGGCCUUGAAGAAAUCACGAUCUUCAUCGGAAUCACGACCUUCGUGUGCACCGUUCAAGGUUAGGAAAGAAAAAUUAGGAGAUAGAAUUGCGGCUCUUCAACAGUUAGUGGCUCCUUUUGGAAAGACUGACACUGCAUCUGUACUCAUGGAAGCUAUUGGAUACAUUAAAUUCCUUCAAGGCCAAGUCGAGACACUCAGUGUUCCUUAUAUGAAGUCGUCGCAAAGCCAAAACAAUAGAUUGAUGCAAGGGGAUUCACCCAUAGGUGACACAAAUAGAGAACCAAAGCAAUAUCUGAGAAGUCGAGGCCUGUGUCUCGUGCCAUUGUCAUGCAUGUCAUACAUAGCGGGUGAUGGCAGCACUGAGGCGUGGCAACAACGCCCGAACUUCGGCGGACCAGCUUGA